UGGCAAUGAGAAAAAGCGAUGCUGGACAGUCUGGACACAUCAAAUCGAACAACAAAUAGUUCGCGGGUUUCAUAGGCGACUCUGGCUCAGCAGGCGAAGCUGACAAUAUCGUGCGAUUGCUUUUGGCGACUUGUGCAAAGCGCACACCAUGGCCAGAACGCGAGGGUCUGCGGUACGCCCCGGCACUUGCAGCGUGCCCACAAUAGAGACCCGCAUUUCGGCAUCGUCUCUCCUUUCAGUAUACUGUGACGGCCUGUUCGAGUCGUAAUUCGCUAUCGGGGGCCUGAAAGGGUUGGCUGCAGAGUGCUGCAGUUAGCGAUGAGCGACGAUGGAAGAUAGUUCCGUCUGCCCCCUCCACGAUCGUUCUUGUAGUACUUCUGUUCUUCAGCGUCAGGACAUGCGACAUGACGCUUCUAUCUGAUGUUUUGCUGGGUGCGCAUCUUCGAUCCGUCCUGUUGAUCUACCUUCCUACAUCUUUCGUCGCAUACUAUCUUAUCUGGACCAUCUAUACUCGAACCCUCCAUCCACUAGCUAAAGUUCCAGGACCAUUCUGGGCAUCAGUAUCACGAACAUGGCUUAUGUGGCACCAUCACAAAGGCGACAUUGAGAUUGUCGAGCGCGUUCUUCACCAGAAGUAUGGCCCCAUCAUUCGAAUCGCACCCGAUGAGGUCGUGACGACUGAUACUACGGCUAUUCCACACAUCUACCCGGUUCAAAAGGCCCUGGAAAAGACGGAUUGGUACAACCCAUGGCGACCAUCAGGACUGAACAGCCAGCCGGACUUGUUCACGCAGACCAACGAGAAAGCGCACACAGCGUAUCGAAGGAUUGUUGGGGGCGUCUAUUCCCUUUCCAGCAUAUUAAAAAACGAACCAAAUCUAGAUGCGACGCUGGAACUCUUUCUUGAACGGUUGGGCAGCUUUGCCGAUGGCAACGAAGCAUUUGACUUUGGUCUCUGGCUUGAGAUGUACUCGUUUGACAGUGUCGGUGUCGCCUUCUUCGGUCAAGCCUUUGGUUUCCUCAAGGACAGCAUCGAUUAUAACAACUACAUCCACUCGGUCCAUCUUGCAAUGCCAUUUCUUACCCUUCUGACAGUCACUCCGUACUACAUACGACCGUUUCUGCUUCUGGUCGCUGUGUGCAUCCCGAGCUUACUGAAGGCUGUGCUGGCUGUAGAGGAUAUCAAGAAGACUGCGAUUAUAGAGACGAAGACAGCUACCGAGAGAACACUUGAAGUGACAGGAAAGCGACCCGACUUACUUUCUCAGCUGCUGGCGAUUGUGCAAGAAAAGGGAGAGAAAGUCAACUAUUCGCACAGGGAGAUCACAUCGGACAUGUGGGUCGCAAUCAUGGCUGGAGCUGAUAGCACAUCCAUCGCAAUGCGCUCCGUUUUCUACUUCUUGAUGAAGAAUCCCGAGAAACUCGAAAAGGCGCGCGCAGAAGUCGAUGCGGCCUUUGAGAAGGGUAACCUCUCAUCACCAGUACAGUACGGUCAGGCUGCUUCCCUUCCAUACCUCGUAGCAACUGUAAAGGAAGCCUUACGUUUAUUCUCUCCAUUCUCAGUAUCGAUGCCUCGGUACGCUCCGAGUGAAGGGAUUACGCUGUGCGGGAAAUACAUCCCAGCAGGCUACACCGUUGGAAUGAACCCUUCAAUCGUUUCGCACGACAAAGACAUAUUCGGAAAAGAUGCGCUAGACUUCGUUCCUGAGCGAUGGCUGCAGAGUGAAGAUCGGACGCGGGCGAUGGACAAGACAAUCCUAGGUUGGGGUGCUGGGACACGAACAUGCGUUGGCAGGCCUCUCGCUUUGACACAGAUCUACAAAGUGACUGCCGAGGUAUUGCAUCGGUUCGACUUUAAGAUGGCACAUGACAAGCCAUGGAAGACGCACAAUGCUUCUUUCAACGUCCAGACUGGCGUUGAGUGCAGGUUCAAGCGAAGAGGUUCGACUACACCUUAGUCGCUCAGAUAUAGUCAGUAUUGCGGUAGAGUAUAGACGAGACCAGAGACGCGUAGUUAUCGCCGCAGUCGAAAUGCACAUUCAGAAGCUGUAUGUAGUAUACUGAGCUUUCCAUGUCGUGUGCGGUUAGACCUUGAAAGACCGCUUUUAGCAGCUUUUAGUUUUGUGUUGCUCCAAAGGAACGUCAAGCGUCUCGAUGGUUGCCAUGUUAAGGAGAGAAUCAUACUAGGGAAGACACUGAUCGAGUCUAGUUAAAGAUGCAGUGUCUUUGGUGGUCGGCUUUUGCUUCCCCAAGAAGAGACCUCGGGAUGCAAGGUUCGGUGUUUUACCCAAUC